CCAGGUGCGCGCGGCUUCCGGCUGAGCUGGGUCGCCUGUCUCGGGACUUCCCUCGACACUCCGGGCAGGGUCGCUGCGCCUCCCUCCUGGCCUCCCGCCGGCAACCGCGGCCCGGCUGGUGGAGCUCAGCCAACUGGUCAGCGGCGGAGGCGCAGGCCGAAGUCCGUAGGUAGCUGCACUGAGGCUGGUUCUGGAAAGACCGUUCGUCAGCGUCCAGAAGUGAUCGGCCUUCCGAGCCAAGGACGCCCGAUACCAGCAUACCUAUACCCCGGCCCUGGGCCUUCUGGUUGGAAAGAGGGAACUAAACGUCUGUAACUAAAGUAGUGAAGAGCCCCGUGGGGUGAGGACCAUCACGUCCCAGAACUACCACUGUAGCGAGAAACUUAGAUGUCAUACCAGCCUGGAAGCACCAGAGGAGCCCUGCUACUAGGAGCAGUGCUUCGUUGUAAAAUGCUGAUAAAUCAGGCUCUUUUGUUACAGGUGACUAUCUGAAUUUUCCAACUGCAGAAUGUGUGAUACCUUAAAAGGUUGGCAAUGAUGAAUAAACUGGAAUUAAAGGAAGAGAAGAUGCUAGAGGUUCAAUUCGUGGGGGAUGAUGAUGUUCUUAAUCACAUUCUUGAUAGAGAAGGAGGAACUAAAUUAAAGAAGGAACGAGCUCAGGUUCUGGUUAACACAAAAAAAAUAAUAAAGAAGCCCGAAUAUGAGUUAGAGGAAGAUGACCGGGAAAUCUUAAAAGAUCAGAACUAUGUGGAAGUUUUGGGAAGAGAUGUUCAAGAAUCUUUGAAAAAUGGCUCUACUACAGUUGGUGGGAAUAAAGUUUAUUCUUUUCAGAAUAGAAAAAAUUCUGAGAAGAUGACUAAAUUAGCUUCAGAACUAGCUAAAACACCAAGAAAAGGUGUUUCAUUUAGUUUAAAGAAUGAUCCUGAAAUUAGGAUAAACAGUCCUCAAAGUAGCAAAGGACAUUCUGCCUCAGAAAAAGGUCAACCGAAGAACAGUGACAAAAAUGAAUUUCUGUCAACAACACCUUAUCGUCUGAGAAAAAGAUUAACAGUUUCAGGGUCUCAUUCUGACAGUGAAAGUGAAUAUUCAGCUUCCAACUCAGAGGAUGAUGAAGAAGUUGCACAGGAAUAUGAAGAGGACACUAAUGCUGUCAUGUUCGGCCAAAAGAGUCAAACUCAGAAUAGAGUAGUUUCAGCUCCUAUUUGCAAAGAAACACCAUCUAAGAAAAUGAAGAGAGAUAAAACAAGUAACUUGGUAGAAGAAUAUUUCGAAGCUCACAGCAGUUCAAAAGUUUUAACCUCUGAUAGAACACUACAGAAGCUAAAGAGAGCUAAAUUGGAUCAGCAAACUUUGCGUAACUUAUUGAGCAAGGUUUCUCCUUCCUUUUCUACUGAACUGAAACGACUAAAUCAACAAUAUGAAAAACUAUUUCAUAAAUGGAUGCUGCAGUUACACCUUGGGUUCAACAUUGUGCUUUAUGGUUUGGGUUCUAAGAGAGACUUACUAGAAAGGUUUCGAACCACCAUGCUGCAAGAGUCCAUUCAUGUUGUCAUCAAUGGCUUCUUUCCUGGAAUCAGUGUAAAAUCAAUCUUGAAUUCUAUAACGGAAGAAGUCCUCAGUCAUGGGGGUACUUUCCGAAGUGUCCUGGAUCAGCUAGACUGGAUAGUAAACAGAUUUAAAGAAGAUUCUUCUUUAGAACUCUUCCUUCUCAUCCAUAAUUUGGAUAGCCAAAUGUUGAGAGGAGACAAGAGCCAGCAAAUUAUUGGACAGUUGUCAUCCUUACAUAACAUAUAUGUUAUAGCAUCUAUUGAUCACCUGAAUGCUCCUCUUAUGUGGGAUCAUGCAAAGCAGAGUCUUUAUAACUGGCUCUGGUAUGAAACUACUACAUAUAGUCCUUAUACUGAAGAAACCUCCUAUGAGAAUUCUCUUCUGGUUAAGCAAACUGGAUCUCUACCACUGAGUUCCCUGACUCAUGUCUUACGAAGCCUUACCCCUAAUGCAAGGGGAAUUUUCAGACUACUAAUAAAGUAUCAGCUGGAUAACCAGGAUAACCCUUCUUAUAUUGGACUUUCUUUUCAAGAUUUUUAUCAGCAAUGUCGGGAGGCAUUCCUUGUCAAUAGUGACCUGACACUCCGAGCCCAGUUAACUGAAUUUAGAGAUCACAAGCUUAUAAGAACAAAGAAGGGAACUGAUGGAGUGGAGUAUUUAUUAAUUCCUGUUGACAGUGGAACAUUGACUGAUUUCUUGGAAAAGGAAGAAGAGGAGGUUUGAAGCUAUCCUUACUCAUUUUAUCUUUCCACGGAAGGGUUGUUGCACCCCAGCUGCCACUCCUCUGGUUGGAAGUGUUGUGUUUACAUCCAACAUUCAAUUAUUUUUCCAGCCUAUGAAAUUUUAAAUUGGAAGCGGGGGAAUGUCAUCAGUGGAACUUUUGCUUAGCCUGGUGUUGUCUGUAGUACUACGCAGCAGUCCUCAAGUGGGAGAAAAUGUGCCUUUCACUCAUUACCUCUCCGGAGACUUCUUGCUGGAAUGAACAGUGAGCUCAGGGAAUAUUUGGAACUGGAUGUUUUUGAAUUCUUUUAUACUAGAGAUAUUAUUCAUAAUUUUUUGAGGGCCUUUUAACACUCCCCGAGCUGAUUGUUUGCAAGUGAUGCGUUUGUUCCAGAGGGUGGAAGUACAAAGACCUGGGCAUUGUGUAAAUCUGCUUCAUUUUCUGUUCUCUGUAUCAGACCAAUGAGUUUAAUGGAAAAGGCAGAUCAUCUUUUACUGUUUCUGAAUCAGCUUGACAAAAGUAUAGGUUGGAAAGAAGUAGUUGGUCCAGCUUUCUCCUUUGGGAUAGGCUACAUACUAGGGAUGAGGGUUGGGGAUAUAAUACUAUCAGUGGGGAUAGCAGGAAAAGCGUAAGGAGUACAUACCUUGUCCAUCCACGCUAAAAAGCACGUGAACAGUGGAUCCAUUUGGAACUGUUUGUGUCUGUGUCAAGACCUUCAUGAUUCAAGUAAGAAAACAGGCUAGAGAAAUAAAAUCCUGAAUUACAUUUUAGUAAUUGUUUUAAUUUAGUAAUUUCAACAGAAAUAAAACAAUUCAUUGUUCUUAAAUAUUGACAUAUUUUUCUUUUCUUGAAUAACAUUGCAGGUAAAUAGCAUUUUAAUGGCUGCCUAUACAUUAAUGUUGGCUUUUCUGUCAAGUAGAUCUAAAACUCACUGUCAGAUAUUUCCAAUUUUUCUUCCUUAAAGUGAUGAGUUCCAGCUUCCUGAAUACUUACAUGAAAUAACCCUGGCCACUAUGGUCUGCUCAUAGGUUUCACGUCCUCUGAAAUAUCUCAUACUUGGAAAUGAAAUUCUCCAUUAAAAUAGCACUGUAACAAAAUAUGUACUGCAUCAACAUUUCUCACUCAAUUUGUAAAUCUUUUAAGAAAAUAUUUCCAAAAAUGCUUGGAAUUUUAAAAAAUUAUUUUGUGGUAUAUAAUUUUAAAGUAAUUUUAUGUUAAAUCCAUUUAUUAAGGGUUUAGUCUUAAAUUAUCAAAAUAUUUAAAUAAAUUUUUACAUGAAUAUAAUUUUUUUAAUUUAAUUCGUACCAAAGGAUAUUCAGUGAAAUUGAGUCUCCUUUCCAUUCUCUGAUCUGCAGUCCUUUAGGCCACCACUGGUAGCAGUUUGAGCUUUCUUUCAGAGAUAGUCUAUGCAUAUGUAAGGUGUCUGUAUCUCUCCCUUCUGAAAACACAAAUGGUGUCACAUGAUACUUGCUGGUUUGCACCUUGCUUUUUUGCUUAUAUCUAGUCUAUGAAACUGUUACAGUGUAAAAUAUAUAUAAAACUUUAAUGA